AUGAUAUACGAAACGAUUGUAGCACCGGUUUUGGCUGGACUUCUCGCUAUUGCUGCAAUCUCGGCGCAGCUGGCUUUCCUCUCCUUAUCAGCCAACGCCGGAUUCAGAGCCGGCUUCUACGGGUUUCAGUCACAGUUUAAAGGCUUCUGUAAGUUUUAAAAAAAUCUUUUACAAAAUUUAAAAAAAAUUUUUUUAAAGGUUAUUUGUUACAGUAAUCUCCGUGACGUUUUCCCUCCUAUCUGCUCGUAUUUUGCCUCGAACCUCAAGUCCAGGCCUCUGUAGUUCAGUAGUUUAUGGCACUACAGUAACUACUGGCAUUGCCGUUCUGUUAGGAUGGUCGAUUCAGACUACGGUUACUGUAACACCAGCAGUAGCCGCUUUGUUUUACUGGUUCUUUUUGGAGAAGAAAAGCGAAAGUCUGAAGAAGUUGUUGUUCUGGAGCUACAAUAAGGUCCGAGGGAAGGGCGAGAAGAAGUGGGAAGUGUAA